GGGAGCGUACGGGCUUGCCGUGAAAGUGUGUGUAAGCUGUGCGAACUGUGGGGACAUCGCGGAAGGAUGGAGCUCUCCGCAGGUAGAUGGUGAUCAAAAAGUGAAUCUGUUUGCCGUGAACAUCCUCGCCGCUCGAGCCAUGCAGUCUCAUUGGGCCAUGGCAAUCGUCAAGCGGCUAUGAAUGACAUUUUUUUGACUAUGAACAUUUCCCAUCGCGGUCUCCAUAAGAAAACGUGGCAGAGAUAUAUGGAACAAAAGUUGACUCCUGCAGCAACUUAUGCAGCUGAAAAAGUCACCAGCAUAUGCGUGACGUCGGUUCGGGAACUUUAAAAAGAACUGAACAUCAACAAUGCCGACAACAUUGCCGUUUCAUUUGACGGCUCAGAUUUGACGGCGAAUGCGGUGACCCCGGAGCGCGUACUAUAGGUGCAGGACAUGACCAGCUUUCACGAUUUUGUGCGAUCAUCGGCCUGCCAAAACCGCUGCAUCAGAAGACAUUUCAUGGUAUUGCCAAGAAGCUCCAUUGUGCUGCUAUGGAGGCUGUUAGCCGAAACUCAGAAGAGGCACGAAGGGUCACGAAGAACGCCGUCGGUGGCCGCGAUGUGCCGGUCAUGUUCGACGGCACUUGGCAAAAAAGGGGCCAUAAAAGCCACAACGGGGUGGGCACAACUGUGUCCCUAGACACAGGUCUUUGCCUGGACUUUGAGGUCGUUUCAAAUUACUGCUUCGUUUGCAGUAUACACAAGGACAUAGGUGAUGAUGAAGAAAUAUGGGAAGCCUUCCAUCGUCCUAUAUAAGAAAAAAACACUCAGUCGUCAUCCCAUGCAAUGGAACCUGAAGCAGCAGUGCGGAUAUGGCAGAGGGCAUUGUCAUACGAGACCCCACUGCGCUUCACAAAUUUUUUGAGUGAUGGCGAUAGCAAGGCCUACACUGCCGUCUGUGGGGCAAAUGUGCAUGGCGAUACUGUCAUCGAAAAAGAAGAGUGCACCAACCACGUUUCGAAAUGCCUAGGCACUGCUCUGCGAAAAAUGACAUCGCCACUGCCACGAGGUGAAAAGCUGAAAGUCACAGCCAUCCAGAAGCUGCAGACAUAUUAUCAAAUAGCUAUAACAAAUAACAAGGGCAGCAUCCGCAGCAUGUACACUGCUAUAUGGGCCUCCUAUUUUCAUUGCUGCUCCAGUGAUGGCGCCAGUAGCCACAAGUUUUGCCCUGCUGGACCAGAUUUGUGGUGUAAACAUAGGCGUGCUGAAGCACUGGGGGAGCUUACACCAUGCCACACCCCCUCGUUGACAAAAGCACAGGGCUUGGCAAUUAUGCCUAUUUAUAAGCGCCUUACUGAUGAGAAGCCCCUAGCUCAGUGCCUUCAUGGAAAGACACAAAACGCAGCCAAGUCACUCAACAGCAAAAUAUGGCUGCUGUGUCCAAAGACAAAAUUUGCUUCUCGGACAUCUGUAGAGACAGCCACAGCUAUUGCCGUGCUGUGGUAUAACAAAAGCGAUGCCGGCUUUGAGCAUGCCCUACAAGAGAUUGGAGUACUUCCCCCGGAAGAGUUGGCCACGCACACUGACCGCUGCAAUGACCUGCGCAUAAAGAAAAUGAACUUCAAGCGUACAGCAGAAGCAAGGGCGCACCGUCGGAGUGCAGUGAAAAGGGAGGAGACCAACAGUAGGAGCCGUGAAGGGCCAAGCUACAGCGCGGGAGGGUUCUAAAAACUUUGUGUGCUUUCUGUAAAAGCUGCUAUUCAAUGUGAUCGAAGAUUCAUAUCAUAACAAUUGCAUUUUCAAGAAUACAUGCUUUUGUAACUUUCAAGCAUGUUUUUCUCAUUUUCGAAUUUUGUGAAAUUUUCAUGUUUUCCGGGAAGCCUUUUGUACACUUAGAACUGGCGCAUACUAACGAAAUUUGGCGUAUAUACUCUUGAAGGUAUGUAGAGUGCCGAUAUCUACUUGAAAUUGCGUUAUCUCUCAGUAGUUAUUACAAUAGUACAAGGUUAUGUUUUAGGGAACUGAGAAAAACAAUGGUUGAAAUGUCAUAAUUUUUUUUGUGCACUUCCAGUAACUGUACACGUUUUUUCACUAGAUAUUGGCACUCUAUGAUCUACAAAGAGCUAAAUAAACCAUAGCAUGAUACCUUUUGUGAAAGUUUAGUACAUAAACACGUGCCCGUAAAGAUAGCUAUAAUUUGUCAUUGAGUAUAAUAUAACUACUUGUACAUUUGAAAUCUACAUGAAAAACUCUACAAUUAGCUGAAUUUCCAAGUCUCUAGCACAAAUAAUUUAAAAAAAGUUGUUUCGAGGAGUGUCUCCCCUUCAAGGCACUGACUCUGGAAAGGGUGGAUUGUUCUAUUCUGUCACAAAGUUUCAUGCAAAUAUCACUGUAUAUUGAAGAAUAAACAUGUUUACAACUUUCAGAUGCGUAUUUCUCAAUUUGCAUUUUGAGGCAAUUCUGACAUGUGGUGCACAAACUUUCAUGCACUUAAAAUUGUCCUAUCUUGAUGAAAUUUUGCACAGAGCAUCUUCAAACCUCUAGAGUGCUGAUAUCUAUAUAAAGUUGAAAUAUACAUUACAGAUGUUUUGUUUCCUAACUUGAAAUGCUGAUGGGGGAGACGUAAAAUAUAGAUUUGGUACUCUGGAUUAAAA